AUGAUGGCAUUUGGACAGGUACCAAAAAAGGAUUGGUACAGCAUUCUGGGAGCAAACCCAUCUGCAAGUAUGGCUGACCUAAAACAAAAGUAUCAGAAACUCAUAUUGAUGUAUCAUCCAGACAAACAAAGUACAGAUGUGCCUCCAGGAACGGUGGAGGAAUGUAUACAGAAGUUCAUCGAAAUUGAUCAGGCAUGGAAAAUUCUAGGGAAUGAAGAGACAAAGAAAGACUAUGACCUGCAGCGGCAUGAAGAUGAUCUAAGAAAUAUGGGACCAGUAGAUGCUCAGGUAUAUCUUGAAGAAAUGUCUUGGAACAAAGAUGAUCACUCUUACUCUCUGAGUUGCCGUUGUGGUGGAAAAUACAGUGUUUCCAAGGAUGAAGCCGAAGAAGUUACCCUGAUUUCUUGUGAUACAUGUUCACUAAUUAUAGAACUCCUCCAUUGUAGCUGA